GGAGAGGCAGAGAGAAGGGUGAGAGAUUAUAUGAUGUGCUCUGAUUAAAUUGAUCCUCAUGGCCUUUUGGAAACUUGGAAUUAAAUGUGCGUUGGUGUCAGUCUUCUAGUCGCCAGCCACAACUGACUGAAUCAAAUAUUUUAUUUUCCCCGAAUACCUUCCCACAUUUGGAGCGUCUGUGCUGUGAACAAUUCCCAGCGGAGGAGGACAGUCUGUGUGGACAUAUGGAGCUGCAGAUUUCCUCCAGCACUUGGUGUUUUGCUCGGGACCUCUGAGUGUCUGCAGAGGGACUGCGUGAGUCUGUAUAUCUGGGUGUCACUGUCUGCUGACCGUCGAAUACGCUGCAUGGACUGACUCCUCUCACUGAUACAGCAGAACAGAGAAAGUCUAUGUCACCACAGUGAGGUCUGCCCUCUUUACACUUUCGUCUUGAGAGAUACAGCACGGAAACAGGCCCUUCGUCCCACCAAGUCCGCGCCGGCCUGCGAUCCCCGUACACUAGCACCAUUCAACACACCAGGGACAAUUUACAAUUUACAGAAGCGAAUUCACCUGCAAACCUGCACGUAUUUGGAGUGUGGAAAAAAACCAGGGCGCCUGGAGAAACCCUAAGACGGUGACGGGGAGAACGUAGAAACUGCACACAGACAGCACCCGUAGUCAGGAUUGAACCCGGGUCCCUGGCGGAGUGAAGCAGCAACUCUACCCACUACGCCACCGUGCAGCACCCGCUGCAACAUCCAGCCGUCCCAUCCACGCCGCAGAGCGAGAGUCUCAACCGUUCGCCUUGUGCUUUGGGAGUCGUAGCUGGAGGCUCGUCGAUGCUAAGGAUGAUGUCCCUGUGCUUCAGGCUAAGGGGCAGAAGCCGGGCCCCAACCCCUGCCGUGCCCUCCUGCCGCAUGCAGGCCCCGCUCCGCUGCUGGGCGCUGCCUUCCCUGCGUCGUGUCCGGUGUUUCCCCGAGUCGCGGCCGGCAGCUCGUCAGUUUCCCCGGGUCAACGGCCACACGAAGGUGGAGAGGCGGCACGAGAUCGGGGGCUACGAGAGCUCCUCCACGCUGAUGAGCAGUGAGCUGGAAUCCACCAGCUUCUUUGACUCGGAAGAAGAUGAUUCCACAAGCAGGUUCAGCAGCUCCACAGAACAGAGCAACUCGUCCAAACUCAUGAGGCGGCACAAGCGGAGGCGGAGGAAACCUCGGAUCCCUCGCAUCGAACGGUCCUCCUCGUUCAGCAGUAUCACAGACUCCACCAUGUCCCUCAACAUCAUCACCGUCACUUUAAACAUGGAGAAAUACAACUUCCUUGGAAUCAGUAUCGUGGGGCAGAGCAACGAGAGGGGUGACGGAGGGAUCUACAUCGGGUCAAUCAUGAAGGGAGGGGCUGUGGCUGCAGACGGCAGAAUCGAACCCGGGGACAUGUUGCUCCAGGUUAACGACAUAAACUUUGAGAACAUGAGCAAUGAUGACGCUGUCCGGGUCCUGAGGGAAAUUGUGCACAAGCCUGGGCCCAUCAUGCUGACCGUUGCCAAAUGUUGGGACCCAACCCCUCGUGCCUGCUUCACCCUCCCCAGAAGCGAGCCCAUCCGGCCCAUCGACCCGGCAGCCUGGGUUUCCCACACGGCGGCCAUGACGGGAGCCUAUCAGCCUUAUGGUAUGAGCCCCUCCAUGAGCACCAUUACUUCCACCAGCUCCUCCAUCACCAGCUCCAUCCCAGAAACCGAACGGUUCGACGAUUUUCAUUUAUCAAUCCACAGUGACAUCGUCAACAUCGUUAAAGCCAUGGCUUCCCCGGAGUCCGGCCUGGAAGUACGCGACCGAAUGUGGCUUAAAAUCACCAUCCCAAACGCUUUCAUUGGUUCCGAUGUCGUCGACUGGCUUUACAAUCACGUGGAAGGAUUCCCGGACCGGCGGGAAGCUCGAAAAUACGCCAGCAAUCUCCUUAAAGCCGGCUACAUCCGACACACUGUGAACAAGAUCACCUUCUCGGAGCAGUGCUACUACAUCUUCGGGGACCUCUGUGGCAAUAUGGCCAGCCUAACCUUACACGACCAUGACGGAUCGAGCGGCACAUCGGAUCAAGACACGCUAGCCCCCUUGCCCCACCCUGGAGCAGCGCCCUGGCCCCUUGCCUUCCCCUACCAGUACCCGACUCAGCACCCCUACAACCCCCAGCCGCCGGGCUACCACGACGUCGCCGGCUUCCCCUACGGAGGAGGCAGCGCCGGCAGCCAGCCCAGUGAAGGGAGUCGAAGCAGUGGAUCGAACCGGAGCGGGAGCGAGAGGCGAGGGGGGAAGGAGAAGGAGCCAAAACCCGGCGAUCCAAAAUCUGGGGGCAGUGGCAGUGAGUCGGAACACACCACGCGGAGUGCUGUGCGGCGGGAGCGGGCGGGAAGCGAGCGCUCAGCUCCCGCCAGCGAACACAGUCACCACAGUAACCUGAGCCAUCGGAGCCACCACUCACUGGCAGCCAGCAUCCGCAGCCACCACACCCACCAGUCCUACGGCCCGCCUGGGUUGCCCCCUCUCUACGCACCUCCCCUCGUCAUGAUGCCCCCACAGUCCGCCGCCACCCCACCCCCUGGGGCACCUCCGCUCCGCGAUCUGUCAGCGGUGCCUCCAGAGCUCACAGCCAGCAGACAAUCGUUCAGAAUGGCCAUGGGAAACCCCAGUGAGUUCUUUGUGGAUGUUAUGUGACUCGUUCCCCUUCACCCUCCGCAAAAGAAAAUGCACCCCUUCCACCGCCACCCGUGCAACUGAACAGCAGAGCGACUAAAGAAAACGGCAGACCUGCUUGCGACAGAGUGGCACGUUUCUGGGGUGUGAACAGGAUUUUUUAUAUUUAUUCAGCACUAAUCUCGCAAGAUUUAUCAACGUAAACACCCCCCAUUUUGCUUCCCUCCCCAUCCUCCCCUGCAAUCUGUGUUUUUCCCCACCCCCUCACAAGAAUGGACUGCAUUUGUACUUGGACAGUGUCCUGUCUCUCUGCCUCUUUUAACACCUUUCUCAUUGUAAGGUUUUGUUUUUAAAGCAAAAAAUCUUUAUUCUGCUUCUAUGGAGAGCUUGUUGUAAUAUCAACGGUCAAACUUUAAUCACUUCCAAUCUUGUUUUCUGUUGAACUAAUUUCUUAAGCUCUUAUGUGUUUCUUUCCUUGUCACACAGCGACAGAUAGUGGGGUUCUUGUCCUCCUCCAACUGGUAAUAUUGUUAGUGCAUUGAGGGGAGAAGUCACCAGCUGGAUUGGGUUGGCCCUCUUGUGCUUGGCAUCAUUUCUUUUUAAAUCGUCUGGUCACCAGAACAGUAGGAUACAGAGGACAGACCCAGACUGCAAGGAAAAGCAUGGAAGAGUUGCUUAAUUUUUCUUAUGUUAAAACUCGGUCAUUAAGUGUACGAUUAUGAAUUGCAUCUUAAAACUCUUCAAGGAAACACCGCAAGCCUUAUAUUUCACGAAGGAACAAACAAAAAAAUAACUGUCCAACAAUUCAAUCAUGUUGUAAUGCUUCUGAUGUGUGUUUUUUUUUCGUGUAACUCUUCCUUUCAUGAGUAGCAUUUCAUGCUUUAAGUUUGUGGGAAAUGAAGUAAAAACAUCUCGGAUCAAAGCACGACGUUGGCACUCCAUCCCCGUCUUCCCUCUCCCCGCCCUCCGCAUCUGUCACAAUACCUUUCCCAUCGGGAACUGAAAUAAUAAAAAAAGGUACCUAACGAUCAAUGAAACCUCACUACAGUCAGAGCAGCAAGUCGAAAGAUCGUCGAAGAUCAGAUCCCUCAGGAACAUCCCAACGGAGUCUCGGUGUGGAGAACCUCGACUCCAUCAGGCAACAAAGGGCAGCUGCACUAAUAUCUCACAACCUCUCCGCUCACUCACUGAAUCUGAAGUUGAAUAAGAGAAAUAUAUAACUUGGAGAUGACAUGUGACCCUGGAUGACGGUUUUGUAGCUGAAAGUUGCAUUGUAUACUUUAAUAAAAUGGUUCUAGAUGAUUUCUUCACAUCAA